GUUCAGUGUCAAACGGAAACGACCGACUUGACAACAAUCCGGAGUGAGCAGAGUUUUUGUAAUUGAAUUAAUCUGACUACUGACAGAUCUGUUAUAGUUUGGAGACUCUGCUACAGUGACACUUCGGUUGUUGUUGCUAACUAAGGACAGAUAUGUUACCUUACUGAAGCUAAGGCUAAGAGAUUUUCAGAUUUAACGUCAACUGUUGUAGUCAGGUAGCUAGCUUACGUUUUAUUCAGGAGUUAUCACCUUCAGUAAAUGGCCUGUACUCUGGAGAAAGUGUUGGGCGAUGCCCGGACUCUUCUGGAGAGGCUGAAAGAGCACGACACGGCCGCAGAGGGGCUGAUAGAGCAGUCCGGGGCCCUCAGCCAGAGAGUCCAGAACAUGAAGGAGGUGGGAAAUGCUCUUCCUGAUAAGCACACGGAAGACAAUUCAGAGAUCCAGGAGCUGACCAAAUAUAAGCCUCAUGUCCUUCUAACUCAGGAAAACACUCAAAUCAAGGAACUGCAGCAGGAAAAUAAAGAACUAUGGUUGUCCCUUGAAGAACACCAGUAUGCACUGGAACUGAUCAUGGGUCGAUACCGUAAGCAGAUGCUCCAGCUGAUGAUGGCGAAGAAAGAGCUGGACACUAAACCUGUGCUCAGCCUCCACGAGGAUCACGCAAAAGAAGUGCAGAGCCAGGUGGAGCGAAUAUGUGAGAUGGGACAGGUGAUGAGAAGAGCUGUACAGGUGGAUGAUCAGCACUACUGCUCUGUCAGAGAGAGGCUCGCACAGCUAGAGAUCGAGAACAAGGAGCUACGAGACCUCCUGGCUAUCAGUAAAGCUUCUGUGAAGAUGGCAAGAGAAGAGCCAAACCAGCCAGCAGCAGCAGCAGCAGCGCAAGAACAAAAACAGAAACCAUCUCCUGAGCCAGUGGCCAAUGAGUAAUCAAUAAAACUUUAAAAUGAACUGUCAGUGGGGCAACAACACCUCCAAGACCAGGAGACAGGGUGGAAGUUCUCUUUACCUGAAAUCACCACAUUAUUAUUAUUUUUCUACACAAGAUGAAAUGCAGUCAAACCCCAGCAUUCUGUUUCUGCGAAGGCCACUUAAACGCAGCAUCCUGGCUAUAGCAAGCAUUUACCUACGGGUAGUUACUGAUGGUAGCUAAUGUUCAUAUUUUUACAGCAUGUGUUGAAUCACUGCAGGCUUGUUGGAGUAUUUUUCACAAAGUUUGACUGUUUGAAAUUGUAUCACUGAAAAGAACCAAGAGGACACAAAUAUGCUCUGACUUGUAGCAAAGGGGAUUUUUUUUUUUUUGGCCAAAGUCAGAUUUACUUUUAAAGAAAACAGCUUCUACCUCUCUGGUGCCCCUUUAUUGUUCACUCAUCCACAGUGUGUAACGUCUUCAUGAACACCCCAGCUAUUAGUUCACUUUUAAGUCCAGCUCGUAUCCACAGGACGUUAGGAGGCUGUGCUUGAUAAUCACUGCCAACAACAUGACUUUGGCUGUUUCCCUGUUUGGCUGCUGAGGAGUGACAUUGGAUCAUUUUUAUGUGAUUGUCUGGUCAUUUUAUGAAUUUGAUAUGUCUGUGUGUCUGUUUGUAGAAUUCACAUGUGACAGUAACAUAUUUUCCAUGUUUGAUUCUGUGUGUUCAACACUAGUUUUGUAAUUUUCAGAUUUGGAUACAGAGUAAUCACUUGUCCCAGCAGAUGGAGCAUCUUUAUUUAAUCAUUUGAAAACAUGGCAACUUUUUGCGUAAUGGAUAUUAAACGUAUGCAGACUGUAUGUUGUGAGAAGUCAGACAUUGUCAUCUCAGGAAAUCGGUGUUAAAAGAGUGGACAUGCUGUAUUGACUCCAUGACAGUUUACUGAUAUGUGUCAAAUGAGAUUUCAUGUAGAAACUUUAAAAUAAAUUUGCAAUAA